GUCUGCCUGACGUUGGGAAUGUUUCCAGGCAGAGUUCACAGCCAUGAGGGAUCAGUACAUGCGAGGCGGGGAAGGCUUCAUUAUCUGUUACUCCAUCACCGAUCGCCGGAGCUUCCAGGAGGUGAUCGAGUUCAAGCAGCUGAUCUACCGUGUGAGGCACACAUACGACAUUCCCGUGGUGCUGGUGGGGAACAAGUCAGACCUUUGCACGCUCCGCCAGGUGUCGAAGGAGGAGGGCAGGGUGUUGGCGCGAGAGUUUAACUGCCCGUUCUUCGAGACCUCAGCAGCCUUGCGUUACUUUAUCGAUGACGUGUUCCACACGAUCGUGCGCGAGAUCCGGCGCAAGGAGAAGGAAGCCGUGCUCGCUCAGGAGAGACGCAGCAAGGUCAGGGACAACCUCUGGAAGAGACUGAAGGCCCCCUUCCACAAGAGGAAGGACUCCGUGACAUGAAGAUGGGGAGUGGGAGGGGGGUGUAUAAUUCAGGGCCCUGCCUCGACCCCUCACCUCCCCCCACCCCCCCCCACACAGCCCCAGCCGUGAGCGAGGGACUGGCGCAAAGUCACUUUCACGUUUCUCGGGGUAUCCCGAACUCAGCGGUACUGAAUCCCUCCUUCCCAAUCCUGUUCUUACCCCCACUCCCCUGCUGUCCGAUGGACCGACUGGCCUCAACGGCGUCACAGUGGAGUCAGGCUCCUGUCGCUACACUCGCGCAGCGGUUUGGGCUCUGAGGGCACCCCACCCUCCCCCAUAACCCCGUCACACCGCUCCCCCCCACCACCCCAGACUCCCCCGUAACCCCGUCCCUCA